AUGCCUGCUGUUGGAAGGGCUCUACUUCAUGUUCAAGCUCCUACCUUCAAUACGAAGCUCACGUUUAUCCUGUCCGCUAGCACGACCUUUCUGCUGGCAGCAGCUGCCACAGACGAGCCGUCGCUCGCUGAAGCAUUCAAGAUCCUCAAGCCAAGCGAUGGUGUAACGCAUCCUGGAGAAGACGGAGUGCUGCGCAGUUUGAACGCCGCCCGUGACACCGUCAUCGACUACGUUCAACUCAGUGAGCAUCAGAUUGCCGAGUUCCUCGCAAAAUACGACAAGAAGCGUGCUUUCGUGCCAGGCAUUGACGGCCGCGCAGUAACGUCCGAUGCUCAGCUGUGGGCUGUUCUCAACGCGAUGGUCGCACGCACACCAAAUGCGAAAACGUCCAAGAACAUCAGGGUACCCGGAGCUUUGAUUGAGGGCCGGGCAGAUUGUGUCGAGGGUGCUGUCUGCAAUGAGAAUGAUGACUGCUAUCAGUACAACUGUGUAUCAUGCAUUCAAUCUGUACCGUCGCCGUGCAACUUUGGUUCGUGCCCACCCACUGCGCUGAACGGAGAGUGCUAUAUCAAUAUGUGA